AUGCCUGGUCACCUACGCACCCGCUUAAAGCGCGUACUCACCGCUGGCUCGCACAAGCAUGCAAAGCCAGACGAGCCAGAGUCGGACUUUUACAAGCCUGGCGAGAAGAUGCCUCCGCUAAAAUACCGUCGCGCAGUCGACCCGGAACACAAGAAGAAACUCGAGGCUUUUAGCUUUUCCACAGCCUGGCGUCGGCACAGCAAUGCUUCGCUGUACUCGCCCAUGGGAAGCAGGCUGCCGAGUCGCAGGAGCAGUUUUAGGAGACGCAGCCGUAGCCGUAGUAUGCACCGAAGCCGGAGAGGAAGCUGUGCCUCGGACUAUGAUGCUGAAGAGUGGGUAGACAGCGGCAUUGGAGCGAGCAUUGCCGGUGACGACAGACCUGCCAACAUCAAAGAGGCGUCCGAUGACGAGGGCGAUGUGCUAAAUGUUGGCCUCUCCCGAAACCCAACCGAGGACCCUCGCGACGCCCGCCGGAAACCGUCACAAGGCGCUCAACGCUCGGAUUCCAUCCGACAAUCGUCACGACCAGCCACGGGCUCUGAUCGCACUCGUCAGCCCUCGCAACCUUUUACAGCCGAAGAACUCGAGAUUGCGCUACAAAAGUCGCACCUUGAGGCCACGCGAGAAGAAUCGGAUAGAGAGAGCCCAUUCGAGGACUUUGACGACCCAAGUCCUUUCCUGAGGCCGCGUGGUGGAUCCAUCUACGUGCCUUACAACGGUCAAGGUACCCCGCCAAAGCUGCCUUUCUGGGGGACUGCCUUUCCAUCGUGCGACGACGCUCCCUCUGCCGGCCAUUUCUCGCGACGAGCUUCCGUUUUCUUAUCGCAUUCUGGAGCCUGUACCCCGCAGUAUGAGCGCCGCGAAUCCUACUUCGUUCCAAGAGACGCGCCCGGUCUGACCCAGGCACGUCGAUCAUCUGCGUAUUCUACUGAAGAGGACAACGAUGAGGAAGUCGUCUUCGUAGCUGCUGAAGAGGAGUUUGUUGAAGAGUGUGUUUGCCCGCCCCCUGCUCCAGCUGCUGUUCCGCCCCGAAAAGUACAGCCUUGUGCGCCCUGCGACGCUGUUGCCGCCAUUCUCGCCAGGCCCGAUUGAUUUUCUGUCCGGGCUACUGGUUUAGCCUCCAUUUUACGCUGUUAAUAUUCGAUGCGCGCGGCUUGUACAUAUCGUCUAUUGCAUUUCACUGGCGUUUUUCCAUGUAAGAACCCUCGGAUUGGUUCCAUGUCUCCGUGCCAGGGGCUGGCAUUCUCUUUCAUUCACUCUAGAUGCAUUGGGCUGGAACGUCUUAUAGACUGCAUUCAUCAAGGGAUUCCUUACUUGGUAUUACUACUGCGAGAAAUUUGCUUUUUUCUUGCCUUGCAUUCUCGGUUUCUCAUUACUCUUCUUCUUCACCUUCAGUCCAAGGUGGCUUUCCAGACUACGGGUGGAAUCCUAAUACUAGAUAAUCAUCAUAAUCUACGAGUUCACCACAUAA